CUCACAGCCUCCAAGCCCCGCACUUCUCACUAGAAUCCCCGCCGCUCUCAUCGUCGCCGCUGGGAUCCGCAGCCCCGCGCCAUGGAGACGGCAGCGGGCAGCGAGCGCCGCAGCCCCCCGGGCCCCGUCGCCCCGCCGCGGACCCGGGGCCACGCGCCCUUGGCCGCUGCCCCAGGCCCGCUGAGCCCCCCAGCGCGCGAGCCGCCGCAGCCCGAGGAGGGGCAGCAGCUGCGGAUCAGCCAGAGCGGCCAGUUCAACGACGGGCUGGAGGACCGAGGCUUGCUAGAAAGCAGCACCCGACUGAAACCUCACGAAGCCCAGAACUACAGGAAGAAGGCCUUGUGGGUCUCCUGGUUCUCCAUUGUCGUGACACUGGCCCUGGCCGUGGCCGCCUUCACUGUCUCCGUUAUGAGGUACAGCGCCUCUGCUUUUGGGUUUGCAUUUGAUGCCGUCCUCGACGUCCUGUCCUCGGCGAUCGUCCUGUGGCGCUACAGCAACGCGGCCGCUGUGCACUCUGCCCACAGGGAGUACCUAGCCUGUGUCAUCUUGGGGGUGAUAUUCCUUCUGUCAUCCAUAUGUAUAGUGAUCAAAGCCAUCCACGACCUCUCAAUUAAGCUGCUCCCAGAAGUGGAUGACUUCCUGUUCAGCGUCUCCAUUUUAAGCGGGAUCCUCUGCAGCACGCUGGCCGUGCUGAAGUUUAUGCUGGGGAAGGUGCUGACCAGCAGAGCGCUCAUAACCGACGGAUUUAACUCCCUCGUGGGAGGCGUGAUGGGCUUCUCUAUUCUUCUGAGUGCGGAGGUAUUCAAGCAUAACUCGGCGGUCUGGUACCUGGAUGGCAGCACAGGUGUGCUCAUCGGCCUUAUCAUAUUUGCCUACGGGGUCAAACUUCUCAUCGACAUGGUGCCUAGAGUGAGGCAGACGCGCCACUACGAGAUGUUUGAGUGAAGCGCCCGAGCGCCAGUCUGUAUCUGCAUGAAGACGUCAGGACGACGAGGGGUUCCCACACGGCGGACGGUGCCAGUAUUUAGCUGAACAUCCGCUUUCUUAUCUGGAGAGUUUGUGUUCACGGGAACAGGCGUGCCCAGCAGGUUGGUCUGCACUGCUCCCCUCGCCCACCUCCCCCGUCACCCCGUCAAGACACCGUGCCCAGGAGGGGACACUGGUUUUCCCGUGUCUGUUGGGAACUGGCUGUUUGUUUUCUGGAGUAAAAGGGUUCCUGUGGGCCGGAUGAGGUCUCUGCUUGGCAGGAAGCUCUGAAACAGAGCCACUGUCCGGACCCGGCUCCUCUGGGCGCGGAGCAGCGCGGGCCCUGGGAGCUCCUCUCCGGCAGAGCUGAAGGGAAGACCGUGUGUACCCCUCUGCCCCUCACCCCUUCACAUGCCCAGAACCAUCAGUGUUGCACUUCCUAAUUCCUGUCACUGUCUUUCAUUAGUUUCAUACUGUUUUACUAAUCCUGAAUCUAAACAGAUUGGUUCAAGAGGAGACCAUUCUAUUUUUAAAGUACUUAGUGAUGUACGUGUGAGCUUUGCAUGGACAAACUAAGCACAUGACCCUUUCUUGUACAUUCAGAACCUGAACACACAUGUAAAAACAGGACCCAUUUUUGACAGAUGUGAAACCACCGUUUAUUUGUAAUAAAUAAUGACACAAUCUACCCACAUGUGCAGGCAUCUCUGUGUCGUCAGGUGG